AUGCCCGAAAGCAGCAGAUUGAGUCGAUUCGAUCACCUCAAGGCUAUUUUUUCCCGAAAUUCUAGCCCAGAGCCCGAGACCAAGGAUGAUUCAACGUCUGAGACUACACUAGUCCCACGAGAGACAAAACCAAGAAACCACAAGAAGCGCGAUGUUCUCCAGGAUUAUAAUGAAUGUCAUGCAACAUCAGCUAAUGGGGAAUGCUUGCCUAGCAGCCGAUAUGUGCUUCGGCUCUUGCUGCCGAAAUUGAUAUCGGAGAUAUAA